AUCUACUAGAGGUAACAGCAUUGAUGAUUGCUGUAAGCAAAUCUGCUUCUGAAAGGGAACAUGCAGCAAAUUCAACUAAAAGUCAAACAUUAUCAUAUAUAGAUUUGUGUAUGCUCUUGAUAGACCGUGGAUGUGACAUUAAUGCUGCUGAUAACAAAGGUCGAACUGCUCUGCAUAUUGCAAUUGAAACCGAACAAGCAGCAAAUUCAUCUACAAGUCAAACUUAUCCAUAUAUAGAUUUGUGUAGGCUGUUGAUAGACCGUGGAUAUGACGUCAAUGCUGCUGACUCCAAAGGUCAAACUGCUCUGCACAUUGCAGUUGAUACAAAACAAGCAGGAAAUUCAACUACAAGCCAAACUCAUCCAUAUAUAGAUUUGUGUAGGUUGUUGAUAGACCGUGAAUGCGACGUUAAUGCUACUGAUUCUAAAGGUCGAACUGCUCUACACAUUGCAGUUGAGACAAAAAAAGCAGAAGGUUCAACUACAGGUCGAACGUCUUCAUGUAUAGAUUUGUGUAUGCUCUUGAUUGACCGUGGAUGUUACGUUAAUGCUACUGAUUCCAAAGGUCGAACAGCUUUGCACAUUGCAAUUGAGACAAAACAAGAAAUUUUAAUUCGGAAACUUCUUAUUUCUGGAAGUGACAUUGACAGACUUGACGUGAAUGGCUGUACCCCGUUGUGCUAUGCGUGUUUAUAUGGAAGCCAGAGACUAGUUGAUUUACUCAUAAUUUCCGGCGCUAAUAUACAGGCCCAAGAUUGGGAUCAUGCGUUAAUUAUUUUCCAUAGGUUGAGAAGUCAUCAUAGAUUAAACGAGGAAAAUAUUCAGCUAUUUAAUUACGUUAUUUGUGAAUCGACGAAGGGUCUUACCUUAGAAUCCCUAUGUAACAUAACUAUUAGAUUAAAUGUUAAAAAUAUAGAAAGAGAUGCCAUUCAACUUGGAUUACCUCCAUUACUGGUAAAACGCCUACAACAUAAAAACUGUGGAAAUAUGUGAUAUGAUUUUAUUCACAUAUGAAUAAAUAUGAGACUUAUAAAUUGGUACUUGUUACAUUAAUUAUGUAUUAAUUAUUGAGGUUCA